GGGCAGGCACAGAGCGCAGGGUAGCCAUGGUGGCGGAGCCGGGUACGGCUGAGGUGCGGCCGCAGCACCGCUUCGACCAGCGGGGCUUGGAGCGGUACCUGUGCAGCCACCUGCCCGGCUUCCCUCGGCAGCCCGCCGGGGUGCUCGCUGUCAGGCAGUACAGCUCAGGCCAGUCAAAUCCAACCUUUUAUCUCCAGAAGGGUGAGAAGGCUUAUGUGCUCAGGAAGAAGCCCCAUGGCCCCCUUUUACCUAGAGCUCACAAGGUUGAUAGAGAAUAUCGUGUGCAGAAAGCCUUAUUUUCAGCUGGAUUUCCAGUGCCUGAACCCCUGUUGUAUUGCAGUGAUGUUUCAGUCAUUGGAACAGAGUUUUAUGUAAUGCAGCAUGUGCAGGGUCGCAUCUUCCGAGACCUCUCCCUGCCUGAGGUGGGCCCAGCAGAGCGUUCUGCUUUGUAUAUUGCAAUGAUAGAAACUUUGGCCCUCUUGCAUUCCUUUGAUCUACAGUCAUUGGGUCUCCAAGGAUAUGGGAGAGGACCAGGAUACUGCAGAAGACAGGUAUCAACUUGGAAAAGACAGUAUGAUGCAGCUGCUCAUACCGAUAUUCCUGCCAUGAACAAACUGGCUGAGUGGUUAGCAAACAACUUGCCACCUGAUGAUAAUGAAGAAAGCCUGAUUCAUGGGGACUUUAGGAUAGAUAACAUCAUCUUCCACCCAACAGAGGCUCGUGUUUUGGCAGUGCUGGACUGGGAACUUUCAACUGCUGGUCAUCCUCUAGCAGAUUUAGCAUACGCCACUCUGUUCUACUUUUGGCCUGCAUCUGUUAAGGAGUUAGGUCAAGGAACUGUCUUGGGUUUCAAAGACACUGUAGAAACCCCCUCAUUUGAAGAACUGAUUUCCAUUUACUGCCGCUGCCGGGGCAUCAGCACUACUUUAGCUGACUUUAACUUUUUUCUUGCUUUGUCAUUUUUUAAAAUGGCUGCAAUAUCCCAGGGCAUAUAUGCUAGAUACCUCCUGGGAAAUGCUGCUGCAGAGAAUAGUCAUGAAUUUGCUAAGAUUGUGAAGCCUUUGGCAGAGAAAGGGUUAGAGCUCUCAGAAAGGUCAUCUUUCAGCAGCACACAUCGCAGCAUCUCUGGAGAGCUGUUCCGUCAAAGCAGGAAAGGCCAAGACAUGUUGCUGAAGGUGAAGCAGUUCAUGCAGCAGCACAUAUACCCAGCUGAGAAGGAAAUAAUAGCAUACUAUACUGGAAGUGGAAAUACUGAGGAAAAAUGGAAGAAACCACCACUGCUUGAGAGACUGAAGGAAAUGGCCAAAACAGAAGGUCUCUGGAACCUUUUUCUCCCAGAUGUCAGUGGUCUGAGCCAGCUUGACUACGCGCUAAUAGCUGAGGAGACUGGGAAAUGCUUCUUUGCUCCUGAGGUUUUCAAUUGUCAUGCUCCAGACACUGGGAACAUGGAAGUCCUGCACAUGUAUGGGACAGAAGAGCAAAAGAAAGAGUGGCUGGAGCCUCUCCUAGAAGGGAAGAUUAGUUCUUGCUUCUGCAUGACAGAGCCUGAUGUGGCUUCAAGUGAUGCCACCAAUAUGCAGUGCAGCAUUGAACGAGAUGGAAACAGUUAUGUGAUAAAUGGCAAGAAGUGGUGGAGCAGUGGUGCUGGGAACCCAAACUGCAAAAUGGCAAUUGUAAUGGGCAAAACCAGAAGCUCCUCAGCAUCCAGGUACAAGCAACACAGUAUGAUUAUUGUUCCCAUGGACACUCCAGGGCUGAAGCUGAUAAGACCCCUCUCGGUGUUUGGCUACCUGGAUGAGAUCCACGGAGGACAUUUUGAGAUCCACUUUAAUGAUGUGCGAGUCCCUGUCUCCAAUAUAAUACUGGGUGAGGGCAGGGGGUUUGAGAUCGCUCAGGGUCGGCUGGGCCCUGGCCGAAUCCACCACUGCAUGAGGUCCCUUGGUGCAGCUGAAACUGCUCUGCAGCUCAUGUGUCAGCGUGCGGCGCAGAGGGAGACCUUCGGGAAGAAACUCUAUCACCACGAGGUUGUUGCACACUGGAUCGCUGAGUGUCGCCUCGGCAUAGAACAGGCUCGGCUGCUCACGUUGAGAACAGCCAGCAAGAUCGAUGCGCUGGGCAACAGAAAAGCACGGAAAGAGGUAGCCAUGACCAAAGUGGUUGUCCCUCGAGCCGUGCUUAAAGUGAUUGACUGUGCAAUCCAAGUGUGUGGGGGAGCAGGAGUUUCCCAGGAUUUUCCUUUGGCUUUUAUGUUUGCCUACAUCCGGACCUUGCGCCUGGCAGACGGGCCCGAUGAGGUUCAUCUCUCAACCAUCGCAAGGUGGGAACUGCUUGAGCAGUCCAAGAAGCUAACAGCAAAAAUGUAAUGUCAGCACAAAGCACCCUGCAGGCAGGAAGGGCUCUGGAAGGAUGUUGCUCAGUGCAAUAGUGUUUGUUAAGGUAAAACUGAAUACAACAACUUGGUUCUGCCUUAUAGAAUAUAGAAUGGUUUGGGUUGGAAAGGAGCUUAAGAACAUCCAGUUCAUACCCCCUGCCAUGGGCAGGGAUGCCUUGAAGCAAUACACAUUCUCUCACUCUUUACUUGUAAUUUACACUUACUAAUCAGGGGCUUGCUUUUAAAACCUUGCAGAGUGCCU